GUUAGGUUGACGUGUCCAAGAAUGACGUGUAUCUAACCUAUUUUUUCGAAAAGUUUUUAAAAGUGAAAUAGGAAAAUACGGAUUUUCUCAUCUUGCGAACGUAAAAACAAUUUUCCUUCAAAAUGGUUAUGAUGACCAUGAUUGCCCGGGUGGUAGACGGCCUACCCCUAGCAGCAACUAUGCAAGAAGAUGAACAAGUACGUAAAAUUGCAAUAUUGUACAAACUUGAAUUGUUAUCAAUGUUCGAAUUGUAGUCCGGCAGAAAUAUUCUCGAUUAUCAGAACCAGGCGAAGAUGCUGUUUCGAAAAUUCGGGCCGCAGUCACCUCCUAGAUGUAGCAUAGAAACGGGACCAUAUCUUUUCCACUACCUCAUCGAAUAUGACGUGUGUUACUUAGUGUUGUGCGAGAAGAACUAUUCGAAAAGAUUAGCAUACUCUUAUUUAGAAGAUAUCGCUCAGGAAUUCCACAAGCAAUAUGGCAGAAGAGUGAACUCGGUGACAAGGCCUUAUUCGUUCAUCGAAUUCGAUAACUACAUUCAGAAAGCUAAGAAAACAUUCACGGAUUCUAGAUCUAGAAGGAACUUGAAUGCUAUCAACAAUCAGUUGCAUGAUGUCCAGAGGAUUAUGGUUCAGAAUAUUGAUGAUGUUUUGCAGAGAGGAACAGUUUUAUCAGAACUGGACUCCAAGACACAAAACCUUUCAAUGCUGACAGAAAAAUACAAAAAAGACGCCACAUAUUUGAACACAAAGUCAUUCUAUGUAAAGGCGGCAGUAGGUGGGAUUGUAUUACUUGUAUUUGUUCUGUAUUUUUGGGUAUUAUAAGGUAAAAAAUGUUUUAAUAAUAUGCAUAUUUAUUAUUUUAUAUGAGAGUUGGCCUAGGUGAAAAUGCAGUCAAUAAACAUACCUUUAUGUUAAGAUUUGAUGUAGGUGUUGGAUACUACAAUUCUUUACUCAAAAGUUGCAAACUUUACAUCACUUUUUUCUUGACUAACUCUCACUAGAUUUGUUGUAUUACUUUUUCCAGUCUAUUGAUUGCCAACAUUUUAAACUUCUACUUGGUUAUUUAUGUUCAAUGAUAUGUAAAAAGAGCAUUUAUAAAGCAGUGUUACAAAUUAGGGGGAUCACAAAUAUACUUUUCCAAGUAUUGUUUUAUUGGGGAAACACUGUGAUAUAUAAUCUGAUUUUUCCAUUAGUUAGUGGUACAAGAUAUUUUUAUGGUUUGUCAUCAUUAUACUGUCAAUAAUAAAAAAGGUAAAGUGGUC